AACCUCACGCAGAACAGAGCAAAACUUGUCCCUGUGAUCCAACGGCACCCUCUCUCCAUACACGGCGACUAAUCUUCGUCACUGGAAGAGCUUAGUUUGAGGGAUGGCUUCGAAGUUAAGACAAUUCCAAUCUAAGGCUUGCCAAGCAUCAAAAUUUGUAUCCCAGCACGGUGCAGCAUAUUACAAGCAGUUGCUGGAGCAGAACAAGCAGUAUAUACAGGAGCCAGCCUCUGCGGAGAAAUGCACUGAGUUGUCUAAGCAGCUUCUCUACACCCGUCUUGCUAGUAUUCCGGGAAGAUAUGAGGCAUUCUGGAAAGAACUCGGUCAGGUGAAGAACUUGUGGAAGAACCGGGCGGAUCUGAAGGUUGAAGACGCUGGAAUUGCUGCACUGUUUGGUCUGGAAUGCUUUGCUUGGUUCUGUGCAGGUGAGAUUGUCGGAAGGGGCUUCACUUUCACUGGCUACUACCCUUGAGAAGCAACCCUACCAUGCAAACAUAUAUGCCAGUCCAAACCAUUGAACCCCCAAAAGCCCUUGUGUUAUAAAUUGGCCAACUUGAUCUCACGGCUGACUUUAAGAAGCAAAGUUUGUUUUUUUUUAAACUAAUUUUCCGGAUCUUCAGCACAAAGCUUUAAUAAUAUUUGUCCACAACAUAAUGGCUUUUGA